GACCACUUAGUUUUUUAUAAUCUCACCGCCCAAAACCUCACAACACAAAAGGGUUAAAAGUUGAUGAAAUCAGAUAGGUGAUAUUUGGUUCCCCUUUAUAUAUCUCAUGCAUUUUUUUUUCUCAUAACACACACAAACACUUGGCUUGAGUAAACCAGAAAAACACCUUCCUCUUCUCUUGAAUCCAAAACCAAGAAAAUGGUUUUCCUAGAAACACCUCAAGCAGGCUCUAGAUCUCUUGAACCAACUUCUAGCCCAAGGAUUUCAUUCUCAGCUGAGUUUUUAGAUGAUAACAACUUCAUCUCCAUUAGUCCAAACUCUCCAAUCAAAAGAGAAAUACUAUCAGAGAGUGAUAAUAAUGUUAAUCAUCACCACCAUCAUCAUCAAAGUAAGGCACGUAAUCCAGAGUUUGAGUUUCUCUCGAACAACGAAGCCAGUCACACCACCAUGAUAACGGCAGAUGAGCUUUUCUUUGAAGGUAAACUUCUUCCCUUUUGGCAGAUGCAACAAGUUGAUAAUAAGCUCAACAAAAUCAACCUCAGAACCAAAGAUUCAGAGGGACAAGAAGAAGAAGAUGGAGGAAGAAGAAAGGUUAGUGAAGAAGAAAGUAAUAAUAACAAUAAUAGAGUAAACUGGUCGUUUGUUGAUGAUGACCCUUCUCCAAGGCCACCUAAGUGCACUGUUUUGUGGAAAGAAUUGCUGAGAUUGAAGAAGCAAAGAGCUUCUACUCUAUCCCCUUCGUCUUCAUCCUCAUCAUCUUCAUCUUCAUCAAGCUCAUUAGCCGAUAUAGCUUCAGCUGAUGAAGGAACCAAGGAAGGGUUGAGACAGAGAGCUGAGAAACAUGUUAAGGGGAUAAGGAAAGGAUUGGAAAGAACGAGGUCAGCCACCAUUAGAAUAAGACCAAUGAUCAAUGUACCCAUUUGCACACAGGUGAAGAGUAGCAGUGCUUUGCCACCAUUGUUCCCUUUGAGGAAAGGAAAAGUAGAGAGGUGAAAAUGAAAAGAUCUGUAGCUAAAAGAAUUGCUGGAUCUGCAGGGUUGUUUGAUAUGUUAAUCUUUUUCUUUUUGUUUCACUUUGAAGUUUUCUUAUGUUCCUCCUUUAGAAUGUUAAUUAUUGUGGAUCUCAAGUAUCAUAAUGUAAAUUCUGACUUUUUAGUCU